AUGUCACCAGGACAGGGAACGAAUGAAUAUGGAAGCUGCCACAUAGCAAAGAUUACUUGCAAUGCUCUCAAGAGGGAAGGAAUAGAGUGUGUAGCAUGCACCAAGUCAAGCAAGAAGUGUCACCACAAGAGUCACAAAACACCCCAAGCCAAGGCCAUGGACACUGUGGACCGACAAGCCACUAUGUUAGGCCAGUUGGAUAAGAAACGUCGUAGAGAUUACUCUGAAGAUGAGGAGUCUGAUGUUGAACCACCAACCAAGUCCAACAAGCACGGCAAGUCUCCAAAUGCUCAACCCAACCCAAGUGAGAUUGCUCUCACCAAGGUUGCAGAUGAGCUCACUGCUCAACUCAAGAAGUUGACCUCGUUGAACCAACAAAGCUCCAAAGAGAUUAAUCUUGCUCGCCAGAACCAGAGAGUCGCGAACAUCACCAAUUUCGCUCAUAGCAUAAGGGCUUCACCUAUAUCGCCUGGAGUCAACCAGGCCUUAAGCAACAUGCUCGAUGUUGGAAAUCUGGAUGCCCAGAUCAGGUCAUCGAUUGAAGACAUGAGGAGGAGAAUGGCCCAAGGCGAGUCACCAAUCAACCCGCCCAUCACCUCCACAACGUCCACCUCAAGCUCGUCCACGACGUCCACGACUUCCACCUCACCGAUGUGCCUAACACCGAAGUCGAUUCAAGAACUGUUGGAGAGUAGUACCGCCAACAACGAUGACCUCAACCGGAUGCUUACGUUGUCCAAACAGUUGCACUACAUUGUCUCACCCAUCCCCAAUAAUGUAGAUGUCAAUUUGAUCCUGUAUUCGCUCAUCAUUGAUCGAUCGAAGACCCAGAGGGACAAGAAGACCAACGAACUCUACAUCGAUGGUUACCGCGUUCAGGAGGAGCCAACGGGUCCACGUAUCUCGGACUAUCUAUUGGAGUACAGGGAACCCAGAGCUCAAGACAGCCCCUACAGACCGAUCAAAAGGGAGCCAUCCAAUCUAGUCGAAGAUGCAAUCAACUGCGACGAGGAUGACGAAGUGGAUGAGGAGGCCAUCUACGUCAAGAGAGAGCAACAGCAACAGCAACAGCAACAGCAACAGCAACAGCAACAGCAACAGCAACAGCAACAGCAACAGCAACUGAAACGGUAG